AUGGCUGCUGCAACACCGAUUCCUAAGUUAAAAAGAAAUGAAGCCGAAGACAAUGCUAAAGAUUCACCUGGCGUUUUUGGUGGCAAUAUCGUUCAAGCACCUAUAGAAGUACCCGUUAAUCUCUGCGGAGAUACUAUUACUGUUGUUGGUGCAUUGAAUCCUACUCAUG